UCUAUCUAUAUCUAUCUAUUUCUACCAAUCUAUCUUUCAAUGGUUGGUUUCGCGAAAAUGGGUUGGCGCAGUUCAGACAACAAUAAGAGCUCAAAAACAGGAGAUGAUAUCAACAAAAUGGGGAUUUUAUCAUUUGAGACGGCGAAAAUCAUGUCAAGAUUGCUCUGUUUAUACAAAUCUCUAUCCAAGUCUGAGAUUUCAAAUCUCAAAACAGAGAUGAAGUUAGGUGGGGUAUCGUAUUUGAAUUCGAAAGACGAAGGAUUUCUGUUAAGCCUCGCGUGUGCUGAGAGGCUUGAAGAUCUUGAUAAAGCCGCAGCAGCUGUAGCUAGAUUAGGCCAUAAAUGCUCUGAUUUUGGCCUAAAUCGAUUUGAUCUUGUGUAUACAGAUUUGAAGUUAGGGAUUAUUGAUUUUGGAAAAUUGGAAUACGGAUCGAAAGAUAUUGAGAAACGAGUUUUUAAAAUGGAGAAAUUGAUUAAUGCUACAUCUGGAUUGUACGCGGCGUUGGAGAAUUUAGCAGAAUUGGAAGUAUCAGAACGGAAAAUGAAACAAUGGAAGGAACGAAAAGCAUCAGGGCAAUUGCAGAAAGUGAAUUUAGAUAUGUUUAAUCAGAAAAUUGAACAACAGAGGAAACAAGUUCGUCAAUUUAGAGAAAAAUCUUUAUGGAAUCAAACAUUUGAUAAAAGUGUUGGUCACAUGGCGCGAAUCGUCUGCAUAAUAUAUGCUCGUAUUUGCGUUGUGUUUGGACCUUACAUACCCAUUCUUCCUUCACUAUCGUUGCGUAAUAUGCGUUCAUCUCAGCAGAAAGAGAUUCUCAAAUUCCAGCCUGAAAAUUGUCUGAUUGAGCCAAUUAGGGAACAGAUCAUUUCGCGGUCUGGACCAAUCCCCAUGACGUCUAAGCCAACUCUGGUUCGAUUUUACAGCAGAAAAUCGAUAUUUUUCCUAUGUGAAGAUGAAGGUUUUGGGGCGGAUAAGUUGGCGAAAAACAACAGGGUGUUUCACGCAGCAGGGCCUUUAACUGUAGGAGGUGCAGGGCUAGCGUUGCGUUAUGCUAAUGUGAUCACAUUAGUAGAAAAGUAUUUGAAUCCAUCUGAAUCCGUAGACCUUAAUUCACGAGAAAAUUUGUACCAAAUGUUGCCAGGGAACCUGAAGAUAACAGUGAGAUCGAAAUUGAGCAAGAAUUUGAAGUGUAUGGAUGAGGACGAGUCGUUGGCUGAGGGGUGGAGGGAUGCAUUGAAUCAAAUUAUGGAAUGGUUAGCGCCAAUGGCUCAUAACACUAUCAAUUGGCAGCUUGAAAGGAGUUUAGAGAAGACAAAGUUCGAUAUCAAGCCUUCUGUGUUGUUGCUGCAAACAUUGCAUUAUUCGGAUAAAGAGAAGACGGAAGCUGCCAUUGCUGAUAUUUUAGUCGGAUUGAGUUGCAUUUGCAAGUGUGAGAAUCGACAAUGGAGCGAAUCGUGAUUUGUUGUUCUUGAAACAAAAAAAAACUGUUGAAAUUUUUUAUGUAGUUAGAACAUGUCACAUAUUAGCUAGGAUUCAUUGGAUUGUGGAAAAGAAAUCACAUUUUUUUAA